GUCUGAACAGGUAGAAGAAGCUUCGACUCAGCAGAAGGCCACCCAACACUUCAUCCAGCUUUAAGACGUUCCUCUCAGGAGUCUGCUGUAAUCAGGAUGUCAUCAUGUUACAUUAUCUAAUCCUUGUAGGAUCUGGUCCAUCACACCCUGAAUGAUCGUCGACACACUGGAAACUCCGUAUGACAGGCGGUGAUAAGGUGUACAGUCCARGAUGUGUGUUUACACUUAGAUAUCUUUCUCCAGUUCCAACUGCUGAUAGACACGUGACCAGUCUGAUUUACUGAAGAGAUGUUCUCCACCCAGUGUAGCAAACAAAUCUUCAGUGAUUGGUAAUGGAGCGAUGGGUCUGUCGCAGCGAACGUCGUCGUGGUCCGUGGAACAAGUCCUGACAUGGGUUCAGGAGAAGCACCCAGAACACAUGAGCAGGCUGCAGAAAACCAUCAUCGAGCAUGAUGUUUCAGGCCGUGCUCUGCUGAGGCUGAAGCAGGAUCACCUGGAGCUUCUAGGGGUGGAGGAUGAGGAGCAGCAGCAGGAGAUGCUGCAGGACCUCCUGCUUCUCCGACUUCAGGAAGAAAUUGAUGAACUCACUGACAUCUGCUCUGACUGUUUUUCUCCAUGACGUCCAGAAAAGUGGGAGGAAAAAACCUCAGCUGUUUUUAUUUUUUAUUGUUAUUUCCUGUCCAUCCAUUCAUAUGUGAGGAAGAGACUGAAAGGUGGGAGUGAUGGAAAUAAGAAGAGAAGGUGGAAGGAGAGGGAUCGAUGAAGAGAGAGAGAAACCCAUUUCCUGUGUGAAAUCUGAGCCGAGCAGAUGGAUGAGGUUAGUUUUUGUCUGGUUGUUGUUUUCUGAUCCCACCUGUCCAUCAGUCUCCAUCUUGUUCUCUCCUCUCUGUCGUGUAUUUAACCCCAGCAGGAUUAAACAGCAUCAAACUUUGUGUGUUUAAUAAGAAGCUGCUUCAGAAUGGGCUCAGGUGACUGUGACGUCUCAGUUCCUCAUGUCUGAUAAUCUGUGAGCUUGUUUUAGUCCCACUUGGCAGAUAGUGAUGAACAUGUGGGUCUGAACCUGUCCCUGGUCCCAGCUGGAGGAAAUGAUUAAAUAAAUAAUCAUUAGAUAGACCCGGAGGAUAAACCUUUAAUGAUCCCCUGGCUUCUGUUUUACCCCCUCCAGGUUCACAGUGUUUGUUUUGUUGUGUUGAACCUUAAAAAUGUGUUUUUCUUCCAUUGUUUUAGUUUUAGUCUUCCAGCCUGAGCCUGGAUAGCUUUUGUUUUUUGUUAAAAUGCUUUGUUUGCUGAUUUCAUCUURCUUUUUAAACUCAUUUUAGCUGUUUUCAGCAUCUCAGCAAAUCUUCAGCUCCUUUUAACUUGUUCUGUGUGUUUUUUUUACUUCUUGCAGUUAAUUUAAGCUUUUUAUGCCCUUCAUUAUGUUGUUUUCUUCAGCUAUUUUUUUUUAAUUUUUAUUGUAUUAAACAGCAUGUUUUGAUGGUCA